AUGGAUCGAGACGGUCGCGAGGAUGGCGGCUUCAAUGCCAAGCGGCGCAAGCUCAACUUCAAUCCUCUCCGAUCCGACGAUCGCUUCGGCGACCUGCCCUCGCGCAACGGCCCAUCCUCCCGUGCUCAUAGUCGAGUGGCCACAGGACCAAACUCGAGAAGCUCGACACCACGAGGCCACCAUGGCUAUGCUAGCACGCCCCAGCCACACCAGCAGGAGUUCGACGGGCCAGAGCCCGGUGUUGACCAGGAAGAUGUCAAUGCGCUGGACCGCGACUGGUACGCCGGCGACGAGUUUGGCCACACGUUUGGAGACGACUCGCAUAACCCGUUCGGGGCGUACGAUAGCUCCUGGGCGGAGAAAGAGGAGCGGGAGAAGGCUCUGGUCGAGAAGAAAGCCGGCCGCUUCGACCGCAUGAGCGCACGGGCGAUUCAGAAACAGAAGGACGUAGAUGCCUGGGAGACAAACCGGAUGUUGACGUCUGGUGUUGCACAGAGAAGAUUCGAAGAUGACUUUGAAGACGACGAGGAGGCGACCCGAGUGCAUCUUCUGGUUCACGACCUUCGCCCACCCUUUCUGGACGGACGCACGAUCUUCACGAAGCAGCUGGAUCCUGUUCCCGCUGUCCGGGACUACCAGAGUGAUAUGGCUGUGUUCAGUCGGAAAGGCAGCAAGGUUGUUCGAGAGCGUCGCCAGCAACGAGAACGGCAGAAACAAGCACAAGAAGCUACGAACAUGGCUGGCACUGCACUGGGCAACAUCAUGGGAGUCAAGAACCAGGACGAAGAAGGCGACAGUGCACUUCCCGUCCCAGGCGAGGAUGAGGAUGGCGGGAAAGGGCAGAGCACGAACAAGUUCGCAGAACACAUGAAGAAGAAUGAGGGCGCGAGUAAUUUCAGCCAAAGCAAAACACUCAGGGAGCAGCGGGAAUUCUUGCCUGCUUUUGCUGUGCGAGAAGACUUGCUAAGGGUCAUAAGAGACAACCAAGUCGUCAUCGUAGUUGGCGAGACAGGUUCUGGAAAAACAACGCAGCUGACCCAGUUCCUGCAUGAAGAUGGCUAUGGCAAGAUUGGCAUGAUAGGCUGCACUCAGCCGCGAAGAGUUGCUGCCAUGAGUGUUGCCAAGCGUGUCAGUGAGGAAAUGGAAGUUAAAUUGGGCAGCACCGUUGGCUAUGCCAUUCGUUUUGAAGACUGCACGAGCAAGGAGACUGUCAUCAAGUAUAUGACUGAUGGUGUUCUGCUUCGAGAAUCUCUGAAUGAGCCCGAUCUAGAUCGUUACUCCUGCGUUAUCAUGGAUGAGGCUCACGAGAGAGCGUUGAACACGGACGUCUUGAUGGGACUCUUCAAGAAGAUACUCCAGAGGCGGAGGGACCUUAAGCUGAUCGUCACCUCCGCGACCAUGAACUCCAAGCGAUUCUCGGAUUUUUAUGGAGGGGCACCAGAGUUUAUUAUUCCAGGAAGAACCUUCCCAGUCGAUGUAAUGUUUCACAGAUCUCCUGUGGAGGACUACGUGGACCAGGCCGUUCAACAAGUACUCGCCAUACACGUUUCCAUGGGCCAAGGAGACAUCCUAGUCUUCAUGACCGGUCAGGAGGAUAUUGAGGUGACCUGCGAGCUCAUACGUGAGCGGCUGGAUGCUCUGAAUGAUCCCCCAAAGCUCAGUAUCCUACCUAUCUACAGUCAAAUGCCUGCGGACUUGCAAGCAAAGAUCUUUGACCGCGCAGCACCGGGUGUUCGCAAAUGUAUUGUUGCCACCAACAUCGCAGAGACUAGUUUAACGGUUGACGGCAUCAUGUAUGUCGUGGACGCUGGUUAUUCGAAACUCAAAGUCUACAACCCGAGAAUGGGAAUGGACACACUUCAAAUCACCCCUAUAUCGCAGGCGAAUUCCUCACAGCGGUCAGGACGAGCUGGCAGAACCGGUCCUGGCAAGGCUUUCAGACUGUACACUGAGAAAGCGUUCAAGGAUGAACUCUAUAUUCAGACCAUCCCUGAAAUUCAGCGAACAAAUCUAGCAAACACGGUGCUUCUGCUAAAGUCCCUCGGUGUGAGGGACCUGCUAGACUUCGACUUCAUGGAUCCUCCCCCUCAAGACACGAUCACAACUUCGCUUUUCGACUUGUGGGCGCUUGGCGCUCUUGAUAAUUUGGGCGAAUUGACGGAUUUGGGAGGAAAGAUGAACGCCUUCCCUAUGGAUCCACCUCUUGCCAAGCUUCUCAUCAUGUCAGAAGAGUAUGGCUGUAGCGAGGAGAUGGUGACAAUUGUCUCCAUGCUUUCUGUUCCUAACGUUUUCUACAGACCGAAGGAAAGGCAAGAGGAGUCAGAUGCCGCACGCGAGAAAUUCUUUGUGCCGGAGUCGGACCAUUUGACGUACCUCCACGUCUACUCGCAGUGGAAAGCAAACGGGUACUCCGACAGCUGGUGCAUACGCCACUUCCUUCACUCCAAGUCACUACGACGGGCUAAGGAAGUGCGUGAGCAGUUGUUGGAUAUCAUGAGGAUGCAGAAAAUGGAGAUGGUUAGCUGCGGAACAGACUGGGACAUUAUUCGCAAAUGUAUCUGCUCUGGCUACUAUCACCAAGCUGCAAAGGUCAAGGGUAUUGGCGAAUACAUCAACCUACGAACCAGCGUCACAGUUCAGUUACAUCCCACCAGCGCUCUGUAUGGCCUGGGGUUUCUACCAGACUACGUCGUUUACCACGAACUUAUUCUCACCUCCAAGGAGUACAUGUCAACUGUGACAUCUGUUGAUCCUCAUUGGCUAGCCGAGCUCGGUGGCGUCUUCUACUCCGUUAAGGAGAAGGGAUACUCGGCACGAGAUAAGCGAGUCACAGAAACAGAGUUUAACAGGAAGAUGGAGAUCGAGGCUAAGAUGGCCGAAGACAAGCGACGCGACGAAGAGCGCCAGAAAGCAGAGGAGGAGAAGAUGAUCAAGAAAGCUGCUCCUGUGAAUAGGGCUAAGAAGAUCGUUACUUCAGGUGCGGUAAAGAAACCCCUUGUCAAGAGGCGCGGGCGAGGCUUUUGA